AUGUCGCUCAUACAUACUCCGCCACAAAAACCGGCCGACGUGCAGAAAGAAAACGAAGAAGAAAAUGAAGAAGUGAGUGAAGAAGAAAUUGAAGAAGAAGAAGAGGAAGACGAGCUAAGCUUGCUUAUCUACAAGCGUGGGCAAGUGAAAGCGAAAGUGACAAGACUCCGAAGCACCUUGCGAAUGGAACGGCGUAAUAUUAACUUACCAAGGGCGCAAGUAAUGAAGAGCAACCUGGCUAAGCACUACGACGAGUACUUGCUGUACCACAGUCAGGUACUGGACAACGUCAACAAAAAAGGUAGGAAAUCUCAAGAAAUAAAAUAUGAAGAAUUUGAAGAGCUGUACACGGACACAUUGGUGAUGCUCCAAACGAUCGUAAAUUGUCUGUCAUUGCCACCACCCGGAUCAUCUGUUCGUGCUGGAGCAUCAGAGAGAGUCGUCGUUCAACAACAGAGCUUGAAAGUACCCCUGCCUACAUUUGACGGAAAAUAUGAGAAUUGGCCCAAAUUCAAGUCCAUGUUCUUGGACUUAAUGAAAAAUUCCAGUGAUUCAGAUGCUGUUAAGCUCUAUCACUUGGAAAAGUCCUUGGUAGGAGCUGCAGCUGGGGUUAUCGACAUCAAAACCAUAAACGACAACAACUACCAGCGGGCAUGGAAAAUACUAGAGGAUCGCUUCGAAAACAAGCGCAACAUUAUAGAAACGCACCUACGAGGAUUGAGCAAGAUGAAAAGGAUGACAAAGGAGUCCUCUACCGAGCUUCGUGAAUUAGUCGAGGAAUGUACACGGCACGUCGACCACCUGGAGUUCAUGGGACAACACUGCGAAGGAGUUUCCCAUUUAAUGGUUAUUCUCCACCUGUCCGAUGCCUUGGAUCCUGAAACAAAGAAGUUAUGGGAAGCUACAUUGGAGUAUGGAGAGCUGCCAACGUACAACGAGACAAUAGAUUUUCUGAGGAAACGUUGUCAAAUUAUGGAACGAUGCGAGGCUCCAGAAUCGUCAGUCAACCCAAAAGCGAAGGUGAACGUGAAGUCAGCACCAACUAAAAGUGUUACGAAAACUUUAGUAGCAACCACCGACAAUACCAACGGGUAUUCAUGUCAGCUAUGCAACAAGGUACAUCAGACGUUCCGUUGUGAAGAGUUCCGUGCGUUGAGUACAAGCGAGCGUAUAGCUAGAGCCAAGAACAUGAGGGUUUGCUUCAACUGCUUUCGUAAAGGCCAUAGGCUGGCAGAGUGUCAAUCAAAGAAGACGUGCAUGGUGUGCAAGUUAAAACACAAUACUCUUCUACACCUGGAAGAUGCACAGAAAGGAUCAAGUAACCGGAACAAGGCGCAGCAAUCGGAGCAGCAAGAAGAUGCGGAAUCAGGAAGCAGCAAGCCACGACGUUUACCAUCAGCAGAGGAAAAGGAUUCCGAUAAGUCUACCAUUUGUUCGUAUAGCAUGCCUCAUUCGCCCAGUCAGGUGCUGCUUAUGACAGCAGUAGUACAUGUGAUGGAUAAAAACCACAAAGUUCAAAAAUGUCGAGCAUUUAUUGAUCCAGGCUCUAUGUCACACAUGUUAUCGACCAGGAUGGCCAAGUUACUUGAUCUGCCAUCAUCACCAACUCACGUAACCGUUACUGGAAUCAAUGGUACCAAGUCUACCGGAAACAAGCGGAUGGCGGUUGAGUUUACGUCCAGGAUUUCGGAUUUCUCUGCAAAAAUCAACUGCUUGGUGCUGGACAGAAUUACAGGAAUGAUUCCGUUGACGAACAUCAACACAUCGUCAUGGGGGAUCCCUGCGAAUUUUGAUCUAGCUGAUCCAGAGUUUCACCGGCCAGAUGAUAUCGAUUUGCUUAUCGGUUGUGGAUUGUUCUGGCAGCUACUGGUUCCAGGAACGUUGAAGUUAGCUGAAAAUCUUCCUGAGCUUCACAAUUCCAGGCUUGGUUGGAUCGUAACAGGAGAAAUUAACAGCAACGGAGAAGAACCAGAAACAGUGGUCGUGCAUUCGAAUGCCGCUAUCGUGUCACCGUCGUUGGAGACGUUGAUCCAGAAAUUUUGGGAAAUUGAAGAUGUCUCAGACCGGGAUGAAGCCGCAAGCGAAGACUUUUGUGAACGACAUUUCCAGGAGACCCAUCGUCGUGAUAGGAAUGGCAAGUACAUUGUGUCACUUCCUUUCAAGGAUAAUGUCAACGAACUAGGUGAUUCCAGAGCAAUGGCCGUUAAGCGGUUUAUGAUGUUGGAGAAACGUUUAAGUCGUUGUACGGACCUUCGGCAUCAAUACGAGGCAUUCAUGAAUGAGUACCAAAGCUUGGGACACUGUAAGGAGAUCAAUGAGUCAACGGAUCCACCAAAUUUGCAAACAUACUACCUGCCCCACCACGCUGUCUUGAGACCCUCAAGUUCCAGCACAAAAUUGAGGGUCGUGUUCGAUGCUUCAGCAAAAUCGUUAUCGGGAAGGUCGCUUAAUGAUGUUCUUCAUGUUGGUCCUGUAGUGCAGAGCGACCUCUUCUCCAUCGAUUUGCGGUUCCGGAAGCAUACAGUCGUUUUCAAAGCUGAUGUUAAAAAGAUGUACCGGCAAGUCUGGAUGAAUCCUCUAGACACUAGGUAUCUUCGAAUGUUCUGGAGAUCGAAUCCAAGUAAGCAAUUAAAAGUGUUCGAGCUCACAACGGUGACAUACGGAACGGCAUCCGCACCGUUUCAGGCAACAAGAGCGUUGAAGCAGCUUGCAAUGGACGAAAAAGAGCGGUUUCCUAUGGCUGCAGAAAUCGUUGAGAACGAUUUUUAUGUGGACGAUAUUUUGAGUGGUGCAAAUAGCAUUCCGGAAGCAGCAGAUCGAAUAGUACAGUUGAAGCAGCUGUUGGAAUCCGGUGGAUUCCCGAUACACAAGUGGUCAUCAAAUUCUCCAGAGAUCUUGAGGAAUAUUCCUGAGGAAGAGAAGGAAAAACCGUUCGAGUUAGAAAACAUCAGUGGUUGUGAAGUGAUCAAGACAUUGGGUAUACUAUGGGACCCUGUAACGGAUGAGUUCCUGUUUGCAGUUCCAGAGGCAGAAAAAAUAGAAAUGGAGAAGAUCACCAAAAGAUACGUGUUGUCGCAGAUAGCCAGGCUAUACGAUGCACUGGGCCUAGUAUCGCCAAUCGUUGUGCUUGCUAAGCUCAUCAUGCAAGAUCUCUGGGCCAGCGAGCUAGGCUGGGAUGAGCAGUUGAAAGAAGAGCAGUUAAGAGCCUGGCAAAUGUUUGCGUGCUCGUUGCCAGACUUAUCAUCCAUGAGAAUUCCAAGAGGCGUGGUAUCCCAGAAUGCGGAGGUUAUCGAACUUCAUGGUUUUGCAGAUGCUUCAAAGCUUGCUUACGGUGCCUGCUUAUAUGUACGCUGCAUUGGCAGUGACCGGGGUGUACUCACUAAGCUUUUGUGCAGCAAAUCUAAGGUGGCACCACUGAAGGAGCUGACUAUUCCUCGGAAGGAGUUGUGCGCUGCGCUGCUCCUGAGUCGUCUUGUGGACAAGGCGGUUCCUGCGUUGCAAAUAGAGUUCCAGAAGAUUUUGUUGUGGAGUGAUAGUCAAAUCGUACUUGCCUGGCUCAAGAAAUCAUCGGCCUCGCUGCAGGUCUUCGUACGAAACAGAGUGGCUGAAAUCAACGAAUCGGCGUACAAGUGGAAUGCGAAAUGGGAUUACGUGCAUACUUCAACCAAUCCGGCAGAUGUUGUGUCUCGUGGCCAACUUGCGGAUUCGCUACGAGUAAACAGGCUAUGGUGGAGCGGUCCGGUGUUUUUGAAUGAAGCAGAAAUCCAUCCGGACGAAGCAGAUCCGUUUCCCGAAGAUCAGAUUCCGGAACUUCGAAGAGUGACUCAAGGUUCAGCGGCGUUGAUUGAAGUACUUCCAGUCUUCACGAAAGAUGUCAAUCAGAAGAUGGGUAACCUUCCCGAAAGCAGAGUCAUCCCGGCAACUCCAUUCGCCAAAACCGGGGUGGAUUACGCUGGUCCAGUCUUUGUGAAGCACGGGAUUAGAAAACCAAUCUUGGUGAAGGCGUAUAUUGCUGUCUUCAUUUGCAUGGCAACGAAAUCCGUGCACCUAGAGCUAGUUUCAGACCUCAGUGCUUCAGCAUUCAUUGCAGCAAUGCAUAGGUUUGUAAGUCGUCGCGGCAUACCUGAACAGAUGAAUUCGGACAACGGAUUAAACUUUGUCGGAGCAAACAACGAGCUUCAUGAGCUCUACAAGCUUUUCAAGGACCAGCAAACCAGUAAGGUCAUCGAUGAAUUCUGUCAACCAAGAGAGAUUGAAUGGAAGUUCAUCCCCCCACGGGCACCCAACUUCGGAGGAAUUUGGGAAGCCAAUGUAAAAUGUGUAAAGUCUCACCUGAAGAAGAUACUCCAUACAACAUCGUUGAAUUUCGAAGAGUUUUCGACAGUGCUGACGCAGAUAGAGGCGAUAUUGAAUUCUCGUCCGCUAUUCACACAAUCCAGUGAUCCUAACGAUUUGGCUGUGAUCACUCCAGGCCAUUUUUUGAUCGGACGUGAGCUUACGGCAAUCCCAGAACCAUCAUACGAGGACAUCACCGUUAACAGGCUGACCCGCUGGAAAUAUAUUCAAUUACUUCGCCAGCACUUUUGGAGAAGAUGGUCGUCCGAAUAUUUGCACCAUCUACAGGUACGUGAAAAAUGGAUUGUCAAGCAACCGAAUAUCCGUGAAGGCAUGAUUGUUGUCUUGAAGGAGGAUCAUCAGCCAGCGCAAUCCUGGAAAAUAGGAAGGGUUAUCACAACUUACCCGGGAAAGGAUGGAGCUGUCAGAGUGGUAGAUCUGCAGACACCUCAAGGCGUGUUCCGAAGACCCAUCAGCAAGAUUUGUCCGCUCCCAAUUGAGGAAAAUGCUUGCAAAGCUAAGACCGACGAGGAAAAUUUGGAAUUUUCCGGCGGGGAGAAUGUUCGUCCGCUUCCUUCCGAGUCCGAACGAUAG